AACUACCCUUCCCAAUGCUCUUAAGCAACGGAAAUGACGUGAAGAGCAGACAGAGUUGGAGGGUUCGGGUAAAAAUGGCUGAAUAUUUAGCUUCGAUAUUCGGGACUGAGAAGGACAAGGUUAACUGCUCUUUUUACUUUAAGAUCGGGGCCGGCCGGCACGGGGACCGGUGCUCCCGGCUUCACAACAAACCGACUUUCAGCCAGACCAUAGUGCUACUCAACCUGUACCAGAAUCCACAGAACACCGCCCAAACCGCAGACGGAUCGCACUGUCACGUGAGCGACUUGGAGGCGCAAGAACAUGAUAACUUCUUGGAGGAGGUGUUCACGGAGCUGCAGGAGAAGUACGGGGUGAUUGAAGAGAUGAAUGUGUGCGACAACCUGGGGGACCACCUCGUGGACAAUGUCUAUGUCAAGUUUCCGCGUGAGGAGGAUGCAGAGCGUGCAGUGGCUGAGCUCAAUAACCGCUGGUUCAACGGGCAGGCUGUGCACGCUGAGCUGUCUCCUGUCACCGACUUUCGGGAGUCAUGCUGCCGGCAGUAUGAGAUGGGGUAUGGUAGCAGGGGGCUGGGAUGGGCACCUGGAGGAAUGUACUUCAUGCACCUGCGGCCCAUCUCCCGUAACCUCCGACGUCAGCUGUAUGGGUGGGGACCCAGGCGCAGGUCACCCCCGAGGUCCCACACCAGCCACCAUCCCCGAGAAAGAAACCGACGACGUUCCCCAGACCACCGGCAUGGCCACUUCUGAGACCCUGGCUCCCUUGACCUCUACCCCUGACAGGCUUAAAUGUUCCCAGCUAGGACCCCUCCUUAAAGCUCCCUUAACUCCCCAGCUCCAUCUUCCCCAGGCUCCCGGGCUCCAUGAUGUAUCUGUUCAACACAGGGAUCUUCUCUUACCACCCCUCCCCUAAUAAAGCUCUGUAUUGAGGGUUUAGAACCUAUUAGCUUGA